AAGAAAAUGCAAAAGAUUUACAUAAUUGAAUGAAAAUCAUGUUUACCAAUGAUUACCAACUUAUAACUCUCAUUAAGUUUCUCAUCAAAAAAAGUUUACACUUCACAACCACAAAAUAAAUUAUAUCAUACAUACUUAUUCUUUGCCAUCUGCAGACCCAACUGUCCUCGUUGCUCAUUGCAGCGAUCAUACUAUGGAAAGACAAAAAUUAUAAAAAUAUAUUGACAACUUAAGUACGUAAACAAAUUCGUACCCAUCAAAGUUGGUGCUUGUGCAGUCGUAGACUGUGUCCCUGUUUCCUUUCAUGUGGAGAAAAUCAUCGCAAUUAUCGCAACCAUCCUUUUCAAACUGGUCAGCGGACUGGAAUUACAGAGACAAUUUUAAGUUUGGGAAAAAUAACAUAUUAUUCAGCCCGAAAUUAUAAAAAAAUUAAAGAUGCCGUACUUUGAUCAAUGAACACGCCAUGCACGCUCGCAGUUGUUUUAGAUUCGCAGGAAUGGUUCUGAGAAUUUCCUGCUUUUCCUCCUUAUCUUCCUGCAUGAUUCCAGUCGUAGAGGCGGUGAAAAAAUGUCAGUCAACGUAUGCAAUUAGCGACAAACUGCAACUUUCAAUAAGUAACACGACUGCCUGCAAAAAUUGCUGCAAAAUUAUGGCAGCCUCAACACCAAGGAUCUUGACACAGACACUAGACAGAUAAACAAAACACGAUGGCGCUGUGAUUGGCUGUGAUCGAGCAGCAGCACAGCGUUGCGGCCCCAGCGAGAACUAGUGACAAUUGUCAAUUGGUGCGGCGGUGGAAAAAGCGCCAACACAAAAUUCUCGACGCCUCGGUGAUUUUUAUUCAAAAACUUUCAUCAUCAUUUGCUGAGCACGUUGAUCACAAUGACUAGUUCCAAUAUUUACUCUCCCGUGAUUCGUCCAGUUCGCAGGAAACUCGAAUAUCCACCAAUUCAGCUUUCUCAGGCAUCUGUCUGGCCUUCACAAGAAAAUGAACCUCAAACGCGGACUAAUGACUCCCAGGAAACGUUUUUUUCGCAAGCUGAAGACUGCUUCAAUGCCCCAAUCAACCUUGGCACACAGACUGCACAGACACAAGGGGACAAUCCAUUGGCGCACAAAUCGCAGGACGGAAGCUUGAGCUGGCCACUGAGCCCAAGUCAAGAAGAAAAUACGACUCAAAAUAACCCACCAACGGAAGAAUUCUUCUCGCAGCCCAAAAAACCUUUGCCACACAAGAAAAGUGGUACCAACCUAUUGAUGAAGACUAUGAAGAGACUGCAACCACAAAUAAGAAGUUUUGAUCAAUCAGCAAAUUGCUCAUCUCAAAUAGUCGACCGCAACAUUCAUGAUGCUGAAAUUUCCUGGAAACCAAGUAUUCACCAAAAUAUUCUUGAAUUGGAGAAGAAAGUAUUUGAAAUUGAAAGUCAGGUUUUGGCAAAAGGAAAUAGCGCUGAGUUGAGUUUGAAAGAAGUUAUUGAUGCCGAAGCAGCUCUAUCGCAGAUUGAAAUAAAGCAAGGAUCCCUUGAAACUUCUGCCAGUAGGUCAGAGAGAAAGCGACUGAACAACAUUUCCAGUCAGUGCCAAGAACUGAAGGUGCACCUUACGAACAUUAAUUUAAAAAUCAGCAAUUCGCAGAAUAGUCAACAGCCACUUGCUCCCACUGAAAAAACUCCGAAUCAUGGACAAAUUUCACAGGAUGCUGAAAACUACCUCCCUUCACUGAAAGAGCUAUUGGACGUAAAUCUGCUACAAGCCAAAAACUUGAAUUUAGAAUUGCGUGUUCCGGAUGCUCCAAGAGUCGUUGGGACUCUAAAGAAAGAUGGAACCAUCCUUGGAACCGAUUCAAAGAUUCACCUGAGUGUUCAAGACUGGUGCAAAGAGUACUUCAAAGGACAAGUGCUGAGUAGGCUGAAGGCUUACUCAUUGAUAUUCUCCACCCAUCGUGGCAAAAAGAUUUCCCUGGUAACCUUGAGCACCAAAUACCAGCCAAAGCAAAAUACUGGCCGUGAACAUGCAGAGGUUAUUGUGGCCCCCAAGAAACAGAAAAAACGAGUACCCUUGAGACGAGUGCAGACAUGUCAAAGGAUCAAAGAAUCGCAAACUCAGAACAGGACAAAUGGAAAAGGCACUCAAAAUACCGAACUUUCAAGUCUAUCUCUUAUAAAUGAUUCAUACGACUUUGGCAAUCAAAAUGAUCUACAAAGCUUAGAAUUGAAUCCAAUCCAAAUUGGGCAGGCAAAUGAGCAGCCAUGUAGCAUUUCUCAAAUAACAAAUAAUUUAACUCAAAAUCCAAUAUAUGAAGAGAUGGAAGUUGACGACGUAAGACCGAUUUCCUUAGAGGAAACUCCCCCAGAAUUGACAGGAUGGGAGAAGAUUGAAUGGAAACAAGAACAAAUUCUGAAAUUGUGGCAUUCUGAGUUAGACAAAAUGGAGCACAAGUGUUGUGACGCCAAUUGUUGAUUCAAGUAUAUAUAGUGGAGAAUCUGGAGUUCAGAGAAACUGUUCAGUUUAGUUUUUGGGCAGGUAGCCUUCAUUUAAUUUGAUCGUACUUUCUCAAAGUGGUUCGUCAACCCACCAUAGCAUUGUUCUUGCUCAAAAGUCACUGUUUGCAUAAUUGUAUUAUUACGAUUAUUAUUUUACUUUAUGCUCUGUUGCAUCCAAAUAUACAGUACAAGAAAAUAGCUCUUCGUACAUACUCAUUUUGAGAACUCCGUGACCCAAGUUUAAAGUAAUUACAUAGAAUUCAAUACAAAAUAAUCAGUACCAGACAAUUAACAUCCACAAAACCUUUUAAUAUUACAUGUCAUGUACUCAUGAUAUUGUGCAGGUUAGCAAGUUCGCACUGAAGGUGUUUAAUAA